UUAUUUCGGCUCUCGCUCUAUAAAUGCGUAUGUAUACAUACACACGCGGCACUUCUUCAUUCUUUAACGCAUUUCUUGAUCGCUUGAGAAAUAAAAGGACUCCAAGCAGCUGUAAGAGAGAAAAAGAAAAAUCAGUAAAGGGUUCCUCCUGAGAGUUUCGGAGGCUAGAGAUUUAUGUCGGCUAGGUCUGAUUUGGCUGUUGGAGCUCAAUUGAAGCUCUGUUCUCGUGUUUCUUCCGCUGUUAUCUGCAUGAGACAAUACUUCUGCGGUGCACUUCAGCACAGUCUUUACCUUUUCUUUCCAACUGUUUCGAUGCGUUUGAGGCUUAAAAGGACUUGUUCAGGGGUGGAGUGUUUUGGAGGAUUUCACAUAAAUCGAUUAUCAAAUUUUUUCUUGUUCAUUAGAGGCCCAAUUUUCUUGAAGCAAUUUACUUGAUUUUCUUUGGAAAGAUAAUUCUGUUGUAUUGGUGACUUAAAGCAAGAUAAAGAUGCUGGGGCGUCGGAGAUUAGGUCCGGUGAAUCAAGAAACUGUAGGUAAAAAACUAAGUAGCCGAGUAGAACCCACUAGAUCCAUGAAGAAAGUCACAAUCAUCUGCAGUGACCCGGAUGCUACUGACUCAUCAGAAGAUGAAAGAGUUGGUGCGAAGAAGGUCAAGCGUAUUGUUCAUGAAAUUUGUUUUCCAAUUGCGGACUCUCUUCGCCAGCCUGAAGCCCCUGAAACAGAAUCUUCAGUUCAAGAUAGCAACAAUGCUGCGAAAACCCCCAAGAGGAAAAGGAUUUUGGGCAUAAAUGCGUGCAAUUCGAGCUCCAUUCCGGGGAAAUACAGAGGUGUUCGUCAGCGUAAGUGGGGCAAAUGGGCUGCAGAAAUUCGUGAUCCAUAUAAAGGGAGAAGGAUUUGGUUGGGUACGUAUGAUACCGCUGAAGAAGCAUCGAGAGCAUAUGAAAUGAAAAGACUAGAAUUUGAGGCUUUGGCUAAGGCUAAUAGCAUGGAGCAUUCAGAGAAAAGUUCAGAUUGUAAUGGCAGAAAUAAUGGCACCAUGAUUGUUUCCAAUCUGGUUAGUAAGCGUAAUCAAAAUCAUGGUGUCAUUUGUCUCUCUAAUGAUUCAAGUGGAACCAUGGGGUCACUUGCUUCACAGCCUUCAAAGACGUCUCCAUCUUCAGUUUUAGAAAUGGAUUCUUUGACUUCAGCUUCUUCUUUCAGUUGCAAGCGUGAUGAUAAUCAGAAGGUCCAUAAUGUUAAUGCUUCUGAGCAGAACGAGGCUAAUUGGGGAUUAACAGACGAAGAUUUUUCAUCGCUGCUGCAAUUUAUAGAAGGAAUAGACAUGGAUCGGGAACUUGGAUCGCUACCAUUGGGGUGUGAUUCUUGGAUCCCAAUUGAUGAUGACCUUCUCAGUGGCUUUCAAGAUCUUCCGAUUUGUGGGUUGGAAGAUUGCGAUCAACCUCCAUUGCCUGAUUAUGACUUCAAUCUCGACUGUGGUUGGGUGGAUGAAUUAUCAACCCUCUUGAAUGAGUCGCCAUUCAAUACGCCAUUCCCGUAAGUUUGGCAUCCAAGUUAUAAUAUGAAUGUGAAAGAGUGUUACUUCAAGAACUUGGAAAAUAAGUUCUUGAGAUGAUUUGAGUGAGUAUCUAUUUGUUUAAGGUGGUUUAAACUCAGGUGUUUGUUGGUUCAGAUUGUUUCAGGAUCUUAUUCAUCCCUUUGUUUCUCUAUUUUGUUCUAAUAUGAGAGAAUUUUUAUCUGUUAUGUCUUGGACAUGAUUGAAUUUCUAUGAAUUGAAAGGAGAAUAUUUUUAUGCU